AUGAGGAGUGCCCCCCUGCUGAGAUGUCCGAUCAGCCUGCAGUCCCUGGCAGGCAAAGGGCCAGGAGUUCAAGGCCUCCGUUCAAUCCCGGUUCAGCGCCAUGAGAGGAGGCGAAGUGGCCGCUCGGCCGCGCACCCGGAACAGCCCUCGGUACCUGGGAGGCGGAGAAUGCGGUCUGCGGAGGUCGGUGGCAUCCAGGCCCAAGAUGGUGGUGGCAGCAAUGGCGGAGGUAUGGCCGGGAGAUCGCGCAGUCAGCGCUCUUCUCUUCCAUUCCAUCUGGAAGUGGUGUCAUUGCACACACCACAUGGCGUGUACACGUCGGAAGAAAACGUCAACACGCAAGGCACGUAUGUGAUGGCAUUGCGCAGGAGAGCGUGGCCGUCACAGGCCUUGCGUUCCAGCAUGGUUCCGGCAGUGAGUGAGCCGGCAGGCAGAAGAAAGACGUCCAGCGGCAGAUUGCAGUAG